GCUCCCCUCCCCCCGCCGGAUCGGACCUCUGUCCUCGGCCUCAUCGUCGCAGAUCUCUCCGUCCUCCAGCUCCCCGUCCUCCCCGGGAGAACCGGAACUCUUUAAAUCCAUCCGAACUGAGUGAAUGUCGGCCUGGUUAUCAGCUGUCUGCGGGGGGAUCACGCACAGAGAUCACGCACAGGUAAUAACAGGUAGAUUAUAACGUCAUUCUGACUGAUCGGAGAAUCACUCUCACCGUCAGAUCGAUGCUAACUGCUAAUGCUAGGCUGUCUCAGGCAACUCUCGCGAGACAACAAGUUCUUCUUCUUCCUCUUUUUGUUUUAUGGCGGUUGGUAACCUGCUCUUGGCGCAUUACCGCCAUCUGUCCUGGAGUGUGGGUCAGACAAGAAUUACAAUCUAUUCCAGCACUCGAACCAUGGACUGUGUUUACUAUAAUAUUCUAUAUACAGUCAAUGACUCGAACCCAGUCCAUACAAAUAAAGAAACCUCCGGUACUUCUUCCUCUCGUCUCCCUUAUUUCACUUCAUCUCAUCCCGCCUUUCCUCACACUCUUAAAAACACUCACUUUAAAAAACAGACAACGAGGUUUGAAGAAAGCUUUAUUUAAAACCAGGUUUUGACAGAGAAAAAACAGAAAAAAACAAAAACUACAGAGAAAACAGAGUAAAGAUAUUUCUGUGUGAUGAUCAGGUGACAGUUUGAGACUCAGAGACUUGAUUUCGUGGUUUUGGAUGAUCGUUAAUUUAAACUGUAACUUUAAAAACUUUGAGAGUUUUUCUUAGAACGACAUAAAAAUCUGCUGAUUACGUCAUCUUUUAGAACCUCUCUGUAUUAAACUGAUGACGUCAGAUCGCGUUCUCAAUUAUCUAAAUUGAAACUUUUUCAAAGAUCUGACCCUCCAUAAACGGUCAAAGUGGCACUCACUGCGCCUGCGCGGAGCUCUCAAACGGAAGCUGACUUGUCCGUUUUGUUUUGGUUCUGACAGUCACGUGAGUAGCUGACGUCAUUAGAGGAAAGGCGACAUGGCGGCGGACAGUUUGGUGAAGGUAAAAACAUGUUCUUAUUCUCCUUUUUCUCUUCCGGUUACAGGUGUAGAGUCCGCAGGGCUCGCGUGAUCACUCAGACAAGCUCACGCGGGUUAUUAGUGAAAUGUUCCUUCGAUCUGAAACUCAGCUGAUCAGUCAGCUAACAGGUCAGCUAACAGGUUAGCUAACAGGUUAGCUUUAGCUGCUCUGCUCUGCUGCUGUCACAUCAUGAGCUGAGAGAGGGGCACGAGCGCAGGUACCAGCAGAGUCCGAGUGUGAAACUGUCUCACCUGAGUCCACCGAGUCCUCCAGGUGAGUCCCCUGACCGAAGCUAAAGACCGGCUAACUGUUAGCGUUAGCCUCCAACCAGCAGAGCAGAGCUAGCUGUGGUUGUUUACAGAGGGGCCGGGGGGGGGGGGGGGCGCGAGGACAGGUGUGAGGCACUGUGACAGGUGAGCUCAGUCAGCUGACCGUCAAUGACGUCAGUCCCAUCACAGAUAGGUGACAGCUGAGGACCUACAUGAGGACACUUUGUUUACAAUCAGACAACACCAUGACGUCACGGAGAGGAGGCGGAGACUCUGCAGACCUGGUCUAACAGGGACCCUGGUCUAAAAGUGACCCUGGUCCAACAGGGAUCCUGGUCGAACAUUGAUGGCUCGGUUCCUCUCUGUAGCAGGUUCUGGUCUGAUGGUUGCGGUGUUUGGAGUCUUGUGAUAGCGGUGACCAUGGAGGUUGCCACGGUAACCCCUCAGCUUGUCAUGUCUGAAUCAUUUGUGUGUGGGGGGGUUGUAGUCUUGCAGGUAAAGGGUGAAAAACUACAAACAUGGACUGACGGGUGGGGUCAGCUGACUCUUUCUGAUGUCGGCCAUGAUUCCUCCAGAGGUCAGCUGACUGUUUCAGAGCACAGAAGAAGAAGAGUCUGAAGUUCUGGUUCUGUCCGUCUUUCAGGUUCUGUUCGAACAUGAAGGAGUGUUUAUUCACCCGGGGAGCGAGGACCAGGGCCUAGAGCCGGACCUGCUGGUGUCCGGGUCUCUGAGGAUCAUCGACAAGGUAAUAGAGUCUGGACCUGCUCAGUACCUCCUGGUUCUGGUUCCUGGUUCCUGGUUUCUGGUUGACUGACUGUUGUGUCUCCUCUGUGUCAGGAUGCAGAGAUCAUGGUGGACUACAGACCUCUGGAGGACUCGGUGGACCCCACAAACAUGCUGUGUGCUGGAAAGGUUAGACCCGGUCCACUCUAGAUCCUCCUCCUAAUCCCCCACAGAGCUCCAGACCUCAUCAGGGUCUAGGGAUGGGAAUAAGAUUUGAUCGAUAUCGAUGCCAUUAUCGAUUCUGCUUAUUGAUUCAAUUCUUUAACGAUUCCCUUAUCAAUACCUUUGAUUAAAACAGUCGACUUUAGGUUUUCACUGUUAAAUCUAAAUGUUAUUGAUAACAGAAACAGACGUCUGCCUCCUUCAGUGAGAGUCUAAAACAAUCAAACAGAAAUGAUAUUUAUACAGAAUUUCAUCGUAUUUAUGUAAACACAGGACAUAUGUUAGAGUGACCACAUUCUGAAUCCACAAAAAGAGGACACGACUACGCGGGGCGGACAAAUUUUGAGGGUUUUUUUUUGUCGGGUCGAGAGUUUUUUUGUUCUUCUAACUCAGUUAAACACAUUAUCCUGAAUUCCCAAAGACAGCACAUGCUGCGUCGCAUCAGUGACUUUGUUUAGAAGUGAGCGGAGGGGCGGAGCUGCAGAGAGGACUGAUGCUCUGCUCUGUUUUAUAAUCAAUGAAAACACGAUCAGGACAUUUGAAGGAUUUUAUUAACUCCCCCGGACAGACCCCCCCCCCCAAAAGAGGACAUGUCCGGGUAAAAGAGGACGUAUGGUCACCCGUACAUAUGUACCUUCAACGCCGCGCUGAGACGCAGCAGCAGCGGCUGACGACCGGUGUUCAACAGGUGUUGUGUCGUAGAAUGGACCCCUGACGGGAGCGCGGUUCAAAGUUCAUAACAAGGUGAAAUAAUCCGAGUUUUCUUUACCGUUGGACGGAUUCAAAAGUGUUUAAUGAUUUAAUUCAGACUAUUCAGAAAACAACAGUCCUCUGAUUCAGAAUAUUUAAAGUUCUCUACUUUGACAGUUUACUGUAGAGUUUAUAAACUCAAGUUCACCUCUAUAUGUGAGAUUUUAGAGACACAUGAAAACAGAACGACAGUUUGCUGCUCCAUCUGACAUGUUGUCAUGAUCUAAUACUCCUGAUUUUUUAAAUAUUAGAUCUUUUUUCUUCCACUUUAAGAAGCUCAUGAGUGGAGAGGAUACAUUCUACUUCAUAACAACGGCGGAGAGCGUCGCAUACAUGUGACUCCUUAGAUUUGACGCCGUGCCCCGUUGACAAAUGUUCUUGGUAAAAUUAAAUCACGCUCCAGCUCACUUCUGCCGACUUUUCAACUGUCCGCCAUGUUGUUUCCUCUGUCCUUGUUCCCGUUCACAUCGACUGGCACACGCCCAGACCGUUUUUAAACGCAGCCGGAAGAAAGGAAUCGUUAAGAUGUAAAUGAUGUCGAUGGAUCGAACCAUUUGGAACCGGUUCUCAACAAGAACCGGUUCUUGAUUGUCAUUCUUAUCAGGGUCAGACCCAGAUCAGGUUCCUCCUGAAGGUUUUUGGUUGUUUUGGCGUUUUCUCCACAUUUCAGAAACUUUAAAAAAGACUUUUUGAAAUCGUGUUUCAGAGCGGAUACAUCCGUGAACGACUGUUUGGUCUCUGUGUGGAGUUCUUCAAACCGUUGAUGUCGUCUUCUCUAAACCUUCACACACACACACACACACACACACACACACACACACACACACACACACACACACUCCGUACUCUUCUUCUGUCCUUUGGUGCAUUACAGCGCCGUCUGCUGACUCAGCAUAUGCACUACAUCCUCUUCAGUGAUUUCAGGUGUUCGCAGGUUCGUCCUGAAACGAUUCGGACUUUACGUAAAACUUUGUCAAAACAAAGAGAUGGUUUUAGUCUGUGUGGAUGAGACCUCAGAGUUCUGCUGAUGUUACAGCAGGUGGGCUCAAUCAGGGGGCACUCACAGUAGGGGGUCUGAAGACAACACGCCACAUUUACGCGUCAACACAGAGCAAACAUGGAACCUGCAGUGACCCAGUGUUAACACAUUAGACCACCAGGGGGCAGCAGAGUCUGAGGGUUCCAUGAAUGGACCUUGAACUCAGUCCACAUUAGUCUGAUAGAGCAGAAACAGAUCAACCCAUCACGACCAGAACCUUCUUCCUGUUUUUACGGGUAUGGAAUCAUCAAUUCUGAUUAUUGAUUAUUAUAAAUCUGUGUCUUUGCGGUCAGGACUCCAGCUCAGUGGUGGAGUGGGCUCAGAGUUCAGGUGAACGGUCCGCUCAGCUGUUGGAGACCCAGCAGAGCUAUGAGACCGAGUGGGACAUGAUCAACGCCGUGACCUUCAGGAAGAGAGUCUGCGCCAACGGAGAGGGUGAGAGAGCGCCGUCUGUGACGGUGAUGAUGGUGAUGAUGGUGAUGAUGAUUUUGAUGAUGAUGAUGAUGAUGGUGAUGAUGAUGAUGACCCGGUCAGAGCCUGCCGACUGCCUUCACAGACGCUCAAAGGGUUAAAUCAGUGACCACAGAGGGGGAGGGGCUUAUUCCACAGAGCUGUCAUACCUGUGGAGAGCCUGACUGAUAACAUGUGGUCUGGAUCUGGGUUCUCUGUGUUUUCUGAUCCCUGGUCUCGGUCUGUCAGGCUCUCUGCAGCAGCAGCAGCAGCCCGUCCAGGAGCGCAGCAGGUGGGCGUUCAGCUUCGGCCUUGGCGACCUGAGGUCUGUGGCGGUGAAGGAGGAGGGAUGGACCUUCAUCAUCUUCAGACUGAAGGAGUCCUCCUCAGUGCUGCCUCCUCUGCACUUCCACCAGGGCGGCAGCACUGAGUUCCUGGACAGCCUGAGGAGGUUCGCUAUGCUCACAGAGUGAGUACACCUGUCACUCACCUGUCACUCACCUGUCACUCACCUGUCACUCACCUGUCACUCACCUGUCAGACAGGUGUACCUGCAGCGCUGUGACCCUGGUGCUGAUUAAACAAACACAGACCAGUUUGAUCCGAAACGCAAGAUCAGUUUUAAUAGGAAACCACACACACACACACACACACACACACACCCUGCAGACACCUUUGUGCGUGUGUGUUUGUGUUUGUGUGUGUGUGUGUGUGUGUGUGUGUGUGUGUGUGCGUGUCUGAUACCUGUUAUUAAAGUUCUUAUCUGAACCCUUUCACAAUAAAAGCCUCGAUUAACAGACGGAAAUUUGCAGCCUCACAGUGUAGUGACAUCACAGACUGUCUGCAAGCUGAUUGGCUGAGACCUCGUCAUUCUGUCACAACAAACAACAAAGCCGACAUGAAAUCAGCUGUUUGUAUGUGUGUGUGUGUGUGUGUGUGUGUGUGUGUGUGUGUAGGUCAGCAGAUGAUGUGUCAUGUCUGAUGGUCAGCACACCAAACAAAGCUCUGUCCCAGUCCUUCGAGAACCUGCUGGAUGACAACAACUUUGGACUGGUGCACGUAAGAAACACACACUCACUAUAAUACACACACACUCACUGUAAAACACACACAUCAUAAACACAAACAUAAACACUUCAAACCUGAAGAAGAAGAAGAAGAUGGUCGUUCUAAAGGCGUGGCGGUCUUUAAAACCUGGACUCCUGAUUGUGGCGCCUAACCGACUCUCCUUGUCGCUGACAGAAGUUCAAGAAGGACCCGUAUGUGACCACACUGGGCGGGUUCUCCAAAGUCACCAACUACAUCUUUGACGCCUUCCGGGGGACAGAGGAGCAGCACCAGCGCCCCCCAGAGGAGGUGGCUGACCUGCUGGGAGAGGUGAUCCCUGGACUGGAGAUCAACCAACAGGAGGAGCCGGGCUUCGAGGUCAUCACCAGGGUGAGAGGAGGAGGAAGAGGGAGGAGCCAUGGUUAGAGAGGAGGUCAGUGUUUAAUUCUCGGCUCUAACCCUCAGUGUGUGUGUGUGUGUGUGUGUGUGUGUGUGUGUUUCCUCUCAGAUCGACCUGGGGACUCGGCCUCAGGUGAUCAGGGGGUCACCUGUGUCAGUGGAGGACUGGACCAAACAGCAGGACCAGGAGGGGAGGAUGACCAACGUCCCCGAGCUCAAACACGCCAUCUUUAAGGGGGCACGUUAUUAACCCCACUGUGUUAUAUGGAACAGAUAUCAUUACCCAGCAUGCAUUUGUGCUGAUCCUGUUUUUCCCGCGUGUGUAGGGUCUGUGCCACGCCGUGAGGAAGGAGGCGUGGAAGUUCCUGUUGGGAUAUUUUCCCUGGGAGAGUACGACGGAGGAGAGGAAGGCCCUGCAGAGAGCCAAAACGUAACUCACACACACAGACAGACACACACACACAGACACACACAAACACGCACACAGACACACCGUUUAAAAACGGUCUGGCGUGUGCCAGUCGAUGUGAACGGGAACAAGGACAGAGGAAACAACAUGGCGGACGGUUGAAAAGUCUGCAGAAGUGAGCUGGAGCGUGGUUUAAUUUUACCAAGAACAUUUGUCAACGGGGCACGGCGUCAAAUCUAAGGAGUCACAUGUAUGCGACGCUCUCCACCGGUGUUAUGAAGUAGAAAGUAUCCUCUCCACUCAUGAGCUUCUUAAAGUGGAAGAAAAAUGAUCUAAUAUUUAAAAAAUCACGAGUAUUAGAUCAUGACAACAUGUCAGACGGAGCAGCAAACUGUCGUUCUGUUUUCAUGUGUCUCUAAAAUCUCACAUUUAGAGGUGAACUUGAGUUUAUAAACUCUACAGUAAACUGUCAAAGUAGAGAACUUUAAAUAUUCUGAAUCAGAGGACUGUUGUUUUCUGAAUAGUCUGAAUUAAAUCAUUAAACACUUUUGAAUCCGUCCAACGGUAAAGAAAACUCUGAUUAUUUCACCUUGUUAUGAACUUUGAACUGCGCUCCCGUCAGGGGUCCAUUCUACGACACAACACCUGUUGAACACCGGUCGUCAGCCGCUGCUGCUGCGUCUCAGCGCGGCGUUGAAGGUACGUAUGUACGGGUGACCAUACGUCCUCUUUUACCCGGACAUGUCCUCUUUUGGGGGGGGGGCUGUCCGGGGGAGUUAAUAAAAUCCUUCAAAUGUCCUGAACGUGUUUUCAUUGAUUAUAAAACAGAGCAGAGCAUCAGUCCUCUCUGCAGCUCCGCCCCUCCGCUCACUUCUAAACAAAGUCACUGAUGCGACGCAGCAUGUGCCGUCUUUGGGAAUUCAGGAUAAUGUGUUUAACUGAGUUAGAAGAACAAAAAAACUCUCGACCCGACAAAAAAAAACCCUCAAAAUUUGUCCGCCCCGCGUAGUCGUGUCCUCUUUUUGUGGAUUCAGAAUGUGGUCACUCUAACAUAUGUCCUGUGUUUACAUAAAUACGAUGAAAUUCUGUAUAAAUAUCAUUUCUGUUUGAUUGUUUUAGACUCUCACUGAAGGAGGCAGACGUCUGUUUCUGUUAUCAAUAACAUUUAGAUUUAACAGUGAAAACCUAAAGUCGACUGUUUUAAUCAAAGGUAUUGAUAAGGGAAUCGUUAAAGAAUUGAAUCAAUAAGCAGAAUCGAUAAUGGCAUCGAUAUCGAUCAAAUCUAAUCAAUUCCCAUCCCUAAUAAGAACUCUUAAAUUUUUAUGGUGCCGGUGACUGUGUUGCUGUGUUUCCACGGUAACGUAGGUGGAUGUUGUAGCGAUGGUGUUGACGCUCUGUUUCCACGGUAACGUAGGUGGAGGUUGCUGUGAUGGUGCUGACGCUCUGUUUCCAUGGUUACAGGGAUGAAUACUUCAGGAUGAAGCUUCAGUGGAAGUCGGUGAGUGAAGAACAGGAGAGGAGGAACUCUCGACUGCGGGACUACAGGAGUCUGAUCGGUGAGGGUCCGGGGUCAUGUCUGACACGCUCCAUGAUGGUCACAUGGUCUCAGUCCAGAGGUCAUGUGACAGUUUUAAAGUUCUGUUCUGCUCCGACAGAGAAAGACGUGAACCGGACCGACAGGACCAACCGCUUCUAUGAAGGUCUGGAUAACCCGGGUCUGGUCCUGCUCCACGACAUCCUGAUGACCUACUGCAUGUUUGACUUUGACCUGGGUGAGUCUGACCUCCUGACCUCCUGCUGAUCCAGGUCCACCUGACCUGACACUAACCCUGCCCCCCCCACCCUCCUCAGGGUACGUCCAGGGGAUGAGUGACCUGCUGUCUCCGAUCCUCUACGUCAUGGAGAACGAGGUGGACGCCUUCUGGUGCUUCGUGUCCUUCAUGGACCAGAUGGUGAGGACCAGGACUCAGGAUCCUGGGACGGGGACGGGGGGGUGGACAUCUAUAAUACCUGUGUGUGUGUGUGUGUGUGUGUGUCCUCCUGCAGCAUCAGAACUUUGAGGAGCAGAUGCAGGGCAUGAAGACCCAGCUGAUCCAGCUCAGUACUCUGCUCAGACUGCUGGACCUGGCCUUCUGGAACUACCUGGGUAUGACAGACGUCUCUCACACACACACACCUGAGUUCACCUGUGUCCUCAGUGGAGUGACCUUUGACCUCUGUCCCCCCCUCAGAGGCCCAGGACUCGGGGUACCUGUACUUCUGCUUCCGUUGGCUCCUGAUCCGCUUUAAGAGGGAGCUCAGUUUCCAGGACGUUCUGCGGCUCUGGGAGGUCGGUCACAUGACCAGUUGGGCUAACAGUCACAUGAUUGGAUGGUUCUGGUGUUCACCUGUCCCUGUAUCUGUGUGUGUGUGUUGGGGGGGGGGGGUCUCAGGUGAUGUGGACCGAGCUGCCCUGUCAGAACUUCCACCUGCUGGUCUGCUGUGCCAUCCUGGACUCAGAGAAACAGAAGAUCAUGGAGGAGAACUACGGCUUCAACGAGAUCCUCAAGGUGACCCUCAGACCCCCCCGCUCUGACUAAUGAUGAUGAAGACGGCUUCCUGUUGAGCUCUGAUUGGAUCUCUCUGUCUCUGUUUCUCAUCACGGCGUCUUUAAACCUCUUUAUGUUCGUCUCCGUCAACUUUAACCAGAUCUGACCUCCAUCUUAGAAAAUCAACCUGAACAUAAACCCUGACCGCCGACCUCCACCUUCAUCCUGAUCGUCUCCUAAAAGGUCGUAUCCUCCGAUCGUAGCUGAUCGUAACCAUUCAAGUUAACGUGUCAAUUUACACCGACUUCUUUCCGUUCCUCUGCGGAUCGCCGGACUCCUCAGCUGAUCACAAGAGUUCUAUUUUUUCUGGAAGCCGGAGCAUGGCGGAUAAAUUCAGCACAGAUUAACCCGUGCUGGAAAGGAAGUCGGGCACAGACUUCAAAAUAAAACAUCUGGCUUCUUUUCAAAAUAAAACACUCCGUGUUUCAGGAGGAUCGUAUUUCACACCAUGCAAACGGGCGGAGACGAACAAGUGAAAGGUUUUUAGACGUCAUUUCACCCCGAUGACACCAUGGAUGAGGAGAUGCUGAUUCUAGAAGUCUAGAAGUAGAUUUCCUCCUCUGGAAGGACACAAUCUACUGCUUAUAUGUCUAUGUGUCUGUCUUUAGAGAGACGACUCGUUAUCGUGAGAUUGAUCGUGAAUCUGCGGGUUCUCGUUCAGGUUCUUGUGAGUUCUCGUGGUUCCUGCUGUCCGUGAUCCGCCUCACAAACGGAUCUGGUAGGAAUUGGCGGACGGGGAAAAUCGCCGUCUUUGCAGAUCGGAGCCGUUCAGGAUGCUGUGAAAUUUGGGGUUAGAGGCUCCGCCCACAAAGACUUGAACAUCAAUCUGAUUGGCUGAAAAUCUUAAGGACAGAUUCUCCUCCGUUCACAGACAAACUCAGAACAGGAACAGUACUUCCUGUGAGAUUUUUCAAAGUAAAAGUCUGAUAGAGGUGAUUUUUCUCUGUGCCCAGACGGGGACAGACAGUCCGGUCUUCUUCAGUAAAGGGGGCGUGGUCCAGGGCUCAGGUUCUGACGUUUGUGUGUUUUUGUGGUUUUUUUCAGCACAUUAACGAACUCUCCAUGAAACUGAACGUUGAAGAAAUCCUGCAGAAGUCUGAGGGCAUCUGUCUGCAGAUCAGGAACUGUAAGGUGGGUUCACAGACCUCAGGGGGACACAGAGACCGGGUUCUGGGAGGAGCUCCCUUUAGUCUCUGUACGUCUGCAGGAUCUUGAUCUCAAUAACCUCCUCUUCUUCCUCCUCCUCCUCUUCUUCAGGAUCUCCCUCAGUCCAUCAGCGCCAUCCUGGGUCUGGACUCGGCGGUCUCUAGUCCUGGUCUGGCAGAUCCUGGAUCAGGUCCGGCUCUCAGAACGGCUCACAGACCGGAUCCCUGCUCCAACGGACUCUUCCGAGAAACCAGCUCCAACAACAAAGUGGCCUUCAUAUCCUAGUGAACAGAGACUGACCCACAGAGUCAGCGGGGGGGCCCGGACCCCUGCAGGGGGGGAGGAGGAGUCAGAGGAGGAGGAGGAGGAGUCAGAGGAGGAGAUCUGAGAAGAUGAAGAAUCUUAUUUUUGUACCAUAUUGUCUCUUUGAUUCAGUCAUUCCUCUCUGCUGAUGAAGCUCCAAACGCUCCAUCAGACCAGGUCUACAUCAGACCAGGUCUACAUCACUGAGGAGGGGUGGGGUGGGGUCACCUCCUGGACCUGGUCCAGUGUUGAACCUGCCCACAGGAAGUGUGUAAAUCUGUUUAAAGAUGGCGGCAGGUUUGAACCUUGACCUCAGAAUAAAAGUUUCCUGUUGUAGUUUGUCUCAUUUCAUGUGUGCACGCCAUUCUCACUGAAGCCCCGCCCACACAGAGAACGCCAUUCUCACUGAAGCCCCGCCCACACAGAUAACGCCAUUCUCACUGAAGCCCCGCCCACACAGAUAACGCCAUUCUCACUGAAGCCCCGCCCA